CCUCCUUCUCGCCCACAACAUCCCCAUUUGAUCCUCCCAUCACACCGUCAAAAUGGUUUACACUAUCGUCGUCCACCUCCGCGCUAAGCCCGACGAGGAGAGCAUCUCCAAGCUCCACGCCAAGCUCAUCGAAGCCUCGGCCGUCUACUCCAAGGACAAGGAGACCCUGUCCUGGUUCGUCAUGCAGAGUGUCCACGACAAGCAGGACUUCUGCAUCGUUGAGCGCUACCUCAACGAGGGCUCCCAGAAGUACCACCUCGAGAACCCCUACUGGAAGACCUUUGACCCCUACGUCAUCCCUCUCUUGGAGAAGCCCAUGGACCUCAGACGCUUCGAGGAGAUGGAGGAGAAGAAGGAGUAAAUGUGCAUACUAUAAAAACUGGAGUGGCAUGUAUAUAGAGUGAAUGAUAUUGUCCGAUGCCGUGCAUUGGACGUUGUUCGGAAUAGCAUUUCUCUGCUGAAUAAAUGUUGCAGUGAUACAAAUAC